AAGAGAAAAGGAAAGGAGAGGAGGGAAAAGAAAGGAAAGGAAAGGAAAGUCCAUCUUAGCUGUCCCAGCGACCUCCUCGACCUCGUCCUUCAUUCAUUUUUCAUUCCUUCCCAUUUCCCAUUUUCCAAUUCCCACACUUUUGUUUUGUUUUGUUAGUACAUACAAUUUUCAUGUAUUUUAGUAUGUCUUGUUGACAGCUUUUUCCUCUUCGGAAACCAAAGAAAGUUACUUUUUUUUUUUUUUAGCUCACAACCUCGGACUCAGAAAUUCAAAUAAUCCCUUCUUAAAAAAAAAGAUUUUGUCUUUUCUGUUUUUUCCUCAUUCGUUUAAGGUAAUUUCCCAUUUCCCAUGUUUUAUUUUUUUUUUGGUGGGUUACAAUAAUUAAUAAUGAGACCAUGAAUGCACUGAAAAUUUUGGCUUCUAAGAUAGAUGGUUAACUAAAUAUGCAGGCUAGUUUUUCUGGGUUUGAGAUCUGUAAAUGGUGAAGGGUCAAGUUGGGUUUUUUUCUUUCAUGAAGUUUUCCAUUUUUUAACAAAGUUUUGAUUUUUGAUUUUUGAUUUUUUUUUUGAUAAUGUUGGUAGCUGGGACCACGUUUAGAGAGUGAGUUUAGGGUUUGCUCUUUCAUUUUUAUUUUACUUUUUUUGGGAACUAAAAAUUGUAUCUUGAAUUUCCAGCUGCACUUUCUUUCCAGCAUUGGAUCUGGCAAUAUUUUGAAAAGUCUUCCUCUUUCACUUUCUAUAUUCAUAUAUGAAGGAGUAUUAGCUAAUAGUUUAGCUCACUCUGUACCUUCCAUCAAGUUGAAGUUGAAGAAGUUCUUGGGUUUUUGGUGCUUUUUUAGUGUACUUUUUUGACAAGCUGAAAUCCUUGCUAUUAAUUUGGUCUGAGAAUUUCAAUUGGAGUUAGUUUCUGGGGAAUUACAAGUGGAAAUGAAGAUGGGUACCUAUCAGAAUGAAAGGCCCAAACCUUGGUGAAGAUUUGGUUUUGCUUUGAGAAUUGAGAUUCUCACUUCUCAGAACAGUUGGAUUUUCUCUUAUGAGGGGCUUUAUUUAUGCCUAUAUUUAGGAUCAACAUGAUUGACCAAUUCAUCAAUUUUGUUAUACGCCCUCCCAGGGCUGAGUAUAACCCUGAUCAGUAUCUUUGGGAAAAGGACUUCACUCUUGCAGGAAGAAGUUACAAACGAGAAGAUUUGGAGCUUAAGAAUGCAAGGGGCCAUACGUUGCUGUGUAGUCAUUAUCUACCUUCACCGUUACCGGAAGAUACACCUCUUCCUUGUGUUAUAUACUGCCAUGGAAACAGUGGAUGUAGGGCAGAUGCAAAUGAGGCUGCUGUAAUUCUUCUUCCAUCGUAUAUAACAGUUUUUACUCUUGAUUUUUCGGGCUCAGGCUUAUCUGAUGGUGACUAUGUCAGCCUUGGUUGGCAUGAGAGAGAUGACCUCAAGGUUGUGGUGUCAUAUUUAAGAAGCAACAAAAAUAUAUCACGGAUAGGUCUUUGGGGACGUUCUAUGGGCGCUGUCACUAGCCUUCUUUAUGGAGCGGAAGACCCUUCUAUAGCUGGAAUGGUGUUGGAUAGUGCCUUUUCAAACUUAUAUAAUCUAAUGAUGGAGCUUGUGGAUGUGUAUAAAAUUCGGCUUCCUAAAUUUACUGUUAAGAUGGCAGUACAGUACAUGCGGCGGGUAAUUGAAAAGAAGGCAAAGUUUGAUAUUAUGGAUCUUAAUUGCUUACAGGUUGCACCCAAAACAUAUAUCCCUGCUUUAUUUGGACAUGCUAGCGAUGAUAGAUUCAUUCAAUCCCACCACUCAGACCUCAUUUUUAAGUCCUAUGCGGGUGACAAAAAUAUUAUAAAAUUUGAUGGUGAUCACAACUCUUCACGACCCCAGUUCUAUUAUGAUUCUGUUUCCAUUUUCUUCUACAAUGUCCUCCAUCCUCCUCAAAUUUCUACUGCUCAUUCAAGUAAACUUGAGAAAUAUUAUGAUUUGGGGGAUUUGAAGGUUGGUGCUGGUAUGGAUGAGAGUCUCUUAUAUGAGAUAUUCACUGGUCUUCAUUCUGCGCGCACUGAUGCUGCAAGUUCAUCUUCUGUUCCUCCUAGUGUUUCAACUGCAAAAUCUGUGGACGAACUUCUUUCUGAAAUUGCACCAGUGACUACCGUUGAUUCCAUGCUAAAUGAAAAUAAUACACCUGGCAGUCUUGAGACAUCACACUUACAGGAUAAGCCCAAUGGCCAGAAUGAAGAAUGUUGCUCAUAUACAAGCUCAAAUAGAGAAAGUUGGGGAAGGUGCUCAUCUUUAGGAGGCAGUGAUGAGGAAUCCUCUGCAGACUGCACAGCGGCUGAUAAUGGCCAUCAGAAAACUCUUAAGGCGUUUGCAACACCUCUUCGGAGCAUGAAGAAAAAAUCCUCGGAGUCAUCAAAAGAGGACAAGAAGAAAACUACACCAGUCCCAAAGAAACCUAAAAGUGAGAAGUUUGAAAAGUUAGAGGCCCUUAGCAAACGGCUACGGCUUUGCUUUCUGAGGCGGGUAAACCAUCGGAGACAACGCUCUUCAUGACUCCUGUAGUAUAAAAUGGUGUUUAUAACUGUAACCUAGGUGGUAUCCUUUUUAGCUUCUUCUGUAAAGGCAUUGAGGCAUGAGUGUUUCUGUUCUUUCUAGGUGCCAUUUCAUCUAACAUGGGGUUUUCUGGGGAUAUGUUUUCUUAAAUCUCUCUCUCUCUCUCUCUCUCUCCCUCCCUCUCUCUCUCUCACACAUGCACGCUAUGUUUUAUAAAUCAUGUGGCAAACUUUCAUGCAGCAUGGAAGUGUUGUGGAUGUUAGAUAGGAAGGAUUUCUUAGGAUUCAGAGUUUGUCAUUGUGAAAAGAAGCUGGAAACUGGACAUCAAUUUGGAUAGUCCACUUUGGUCAUGUAGGUUGCCCAUAUUGGCCUGUGUCAUGUCGUAAAUCAUGUGAAGUGUCAGUGUCAUUGAUUGCAAA